GGCUGAGAGCGAGCGUUUGUUGGAAACACAGCCACCUGCCACCUACCAGUCGUCUCCACCAGUCGUCUCCGCCAGUAUCACAGCGCCCCGAUCGCGUGUGCGCCAUGGCCGCCUCGUCUCAUCUUCUCGCCACCGCGCCCCUGCCUGCCCUGCGCACCUCCCUUCUCCCCGCGAGUCGUUCCAUCGCGCCCACCACGCCUCGCCGCGUGGCCCUGCGCGCGCCCAUCGUGGCGGCCGCGCAGGCGUCCAGCGACCAGCACGCCGCGCCCGACCGGCGGUCGCUGCUGCUGGCAGGGCUGGCCCUCGCGUGCGGCGCGGCGGGGGCGGCGGGCGAGGCGAGGGCGGCGAGCUGCGAGCUGACGGCGACACCGUCGGGGCUGCUGUUCUGCGACAGCGCCGUGGGCGACGGCGUGGUGGCCGAGAGCGGCAUGCUGAUCAAGGCGCACUACAACGGCACUCUGCUGGACGGCACUGUGUUCGACAACAGCUACCGCCGUGGCCGCCCCCUCGUCUUCCGCGUGGGCGCAGGCGAGGUGAUCAGGGGGUGGGACCUUGGCAUCGUGGGUGGGGACGGCAUCCCUGCCAUGCGGGCUGGUGGCAAGCGCACGCUGCGCAUCCCGGCAUCGCUGGCGUACGGGGCAAGAGGUGCCGGGUGCCGCGGAGGGUCGUGCAUCAUCCCCCCCAACUCGGACCUGCUCUUCGAUGUUGAGUUUCUCGGCAAGGCGUAGACUUCAACCCUGCCUUGUGAGCCCACAACAAGAUUCGUUGCCACUACCAGCAUUGGAAACCCUUAAUCUUAGGGUGAUGUUUGGCUUUAUAAUAUUUGUUGGACCAGAACCCAUGAUGUACGGCUUUCGUAUAUUUUCACUCACAUGGUGGUGGAAGUUGUCAAACAUAUUUUUGUAUGUUAUAGACUACACAGGGUUG